AUGCUGAUUAAAGAAUUUCGAGUGAUUCUCCCCAUUUCAGUGGAAGAGUACCAAGUGGGCCAGCUGUACUCUGUAGCUGAGGCCAGUAAGAAUGAGACAGGAGGUGGGGAGGGGGUGGAGGUGCUGAAGAAUGAGCCGUAUGAGAAGGAUGGAGAGAAGGGCCAGUACACGCACAAAAUCUACCACCUGCAGAGUAAAGUGCCGUCUUUUGUACGAAUGUUGGCUCCAGCGUCAGCCCUGAACAUCCAUGAGAAAGCUUGGAAUGCCUACCCCUACUGCCGCACAGUCAUAACUAAUGAGUACAUGAAAGAGAAUUUCUUGAUCAAGAUAGAGACAUGGCAUAAACCUGACAUGGGACAACUUGAGAAUGUUCACGGUCUGGAUCCAGAGACCUGGAAGAAAGUGGAUGUAGUGUACAUUGACAUAGCUGACAGACAUCAGGUCGAACCAAAGGAUUAUAAACCAGAGGAAGACCCUACGAAGUUCAAAUCUGUGAAAACCGGGCGGGGACCGCUGGGGCCAGACUGGAAGAAAGACCUCCCCAAAAAGACAGACUGCCCCCAUAUGUGUGCAUACAAACUGGUCACUGUCAAGUUUAAGUGGUGGGGUUUGCAGAAUAAGGUGGAAAACUUCAUCCAGAAGCAAGAGAAGCGUUUAUUCACCAAUUUCCAUCGGCAACUCUUCUGUUGGAUCGACAAAUGGAUCGACCUGACGAUGGAGGACAUCCGUCGAAUGGAGGAAGAGACCAGGAGGGAGCUGGAUGAGAUGAGAGUGAAGGACCCAGUGAAGGGAAUGGUGGCUCUGGAGGACUGA